AAACAGAAUUCAUCAGUGCUAUCACUCUUAUCAUACUAUGCAGACCUCUGUCAACUUUGUAGUAUUUUGUGCUCUUUUCUCAUCAGUAACAUGUGGAAGCGGUUACUAUUGGAGAGAUUGGAACGGCACAAUCCCCUCCGACGCAUACGUUGUUGCAAAUGAUAGCAAAGGGCCAGUUUAUUUUGCCCAAGCUUAUCUAUACAAUACAGGAUUAUUCGUAGGAAAUAUCAAGAAGCAGCAAUUUUCCAUUCCACUCAACCCUACGACGAGCAAUGGACCAGUGAAAUAUAGCAGCGUCUUGAAGAUCUUCUGUGCAUCACCAGACACUUUGAUGUGGUUUCCAAGCAAUACAACUGUCACUCCCAAACUGGAACGUUUCGUCCAACCGGUACUAGGAGGAAUUACAAACAGUAAUAAAACUGUAUAUGUGGGAAGAUUCACAACUGAUGGAUUGACAUACGUGGGAAGCAUUCAUACUGACUACUACUUAUAUUACACGAAACAGACUGGAGAUGGUGGAUAUGUUAACAAAUAUGAAAUAUUAAUUCAUGAACUUGGGAGUAACUGUUGAAAUUUUUCUUUCCGGCAGUCAAUUUCAGUAUUUCAAGCAUCGAAAGUAUUAAUUGUGAUGAGAGUCAUGAGUCAAUUUUGUAUAGUUAGUAAUAUUUUGAAUGUUUCAAAGUUUAUGUUAUUUUAUAUUUCAUCGGUAUUUUCUUGUUACUAUUUCGAAACGUGAUCACAUCACUUUUUUCGGAGCUGAAUACAAAAUAGAAAGAUCCAUGUUAUGGAUUGUUUCAGAAACAAACCCAAUGAAUGGAAAUUUAGUAGUAAACUGGGGAAAUAUUAACAAAAGUUAUUUUAAUACGUAGGAAUUCAAACACCAAAUAUUUGCAAAGAUUACUAAAUAAAUGACAAGAUUUCAAUAAGAAAAAUUUGACCUGAUAGGCUGUGGAAUUAAAAAUAUAUUCAAAU